GGUAAAGUGUAUUACGUCACGGGCGACUUUGUACAGCUUGAGAAAAAAGGAAGACAAAAGGAUUAUUUUCGGCCACACCAUUCUAACCCCCUUAACUUCUGGAAAAAAGGCUUCCUAAGCCGACGAAAUGUGUGGAUUCGAUAAACGCAAGGGGCCACGGCGACUAAUGAAGAAAGGAAUAACAUUGAUUUUCGUGGGGCACAUAAACUUACUCUUGGGAGCAAUUGUUCACGGCAGCAUUUUACGUCAUAUUUCAAAACCGAACGCUAAAAUCACAACCGAAUACUCUGCUGCCAACAUAAUAUCUGUGACUUCGGGACUCCUGAGCAUUGCAACUGGCAUCAUUGCUGUUUUGGUGUCAAAAAAUCUCUAUCUUUGGAAAAUGCAUGUGAGUCUUCUGGUAUCAUCCUUCCUGAAUGCCCUGUUGUCUACUGCAUGUUGUGUGGGUCUGCUCCUGGCCAUCAGUCUCACCAUUGAUGGGAAUGGUCGCAGUCUCAUGGUGAACUGCAACUCUACUGACCAUCCCAUUAGCCCCCACUCAUCCUUCAUGACAGACUGCCCCUUUGACACCACCCGCAUUUAUGACACCACUCUGGCAUUGUGGUUUCCCAGUACACUACUGGCAGCAGUGGAAGCAGGACUGUCCAUCUGGUGCUUUAUAGUAGGGCUAACUCUGAGGGGCCUUGGGCCCUGCUUGCCCACCUACCUAAGAGAGCAGCUUGAAGAAGAGGCCAUGGCCAUCCGAAUGGGGGCUGACCCAGAUGUCUUUCCUCAUCCGCUCAUUGAACCCCAAUCUGUUCACUAAUAAACAAGAACUCUGGAAGUAAUAUGCCACCUCAGAAAAACCACAAGACAAUGAUCACGUGCGUUUGAGGAGGACUCCUUUCACCUUUACUCCUUUUAAGUUUUUUAAUGCAUUAUAAUGUAAGAGGUCUGGUUUGCACACUUGUUCUGCUCAUCAUGUCUGCACUGCAUAUUCUUCAGAUGAGGCUUUGAGCCAUUAAUCAGAGGCACAUGUUUUUACUGAACUGUCUACACGUAUAUGAUACGCUGAGUGAAAUUGUCUAAAAUGAUUUGUACUGCAAGAUAGAUAUGUUUGUAUUGGAAUCAGGGGAAUGUGAAAACAUUUCAGUUUGACACCCCUAACAACUAGUUUAGAUUAAAUCAAACAAAGUGAAAUGAACUAAAUUCCUGUAGCCAGUCUAAGUCUAGGAACUAUAUCCUCAUUCCAUAUCCUCAACAUUAAUGACAAGUCAUUCCGUCACUUCCUGUUUCACUGGAGUAUAGAAAAUGAAGUAAUAAGCAUGCAAAAUCUCUUCAUCAACCAUCCGCAUUGGAAAAGCCAAAGAACUGUCAAUUCAUAAGGUUGGGUAAUGGGCACAAAAAAGACAUAAACUGUUAAACAUACCACUUACCACUGUGAGGGCAACAAUAAAAAGGUGUAAAACAUAUGGAAUGCCAGGAAGGGGAUGCAAUUGCAUAUUAUCCCCAGGAAGAUUGUGACAGAGGCCAUAAGUAAUAACAAGAAUCGCAGUUUAAGAAUUGCAGAAAUUGGUUCUGUCUUGUGGUUGCGAAGUCGUAAAAUAAUAACAAUAAUAAUAAUAAUAAUAAUAAUAAAAACAUAAAAUGGCACCCCCAUACAGUACCAGCAAACUAUUUUGAAGGGUGGCCCACUGAGCACAAUAAACAAAACCAAGCAUCUUGAGUUUGCCAAACCUCAUUGGAAUUAUGACAGGAAGAGAAUGCUAAAUAAAUACAAAAAUGUAAUGUUUUGACUAUACACACCAUCAACAAGUUUGGUGGCAAAAUGGAAUACAUACUAGGAGAAGCACCUGUCAAAUAUGGUGGUGGCUUAUUGAUGUUUUGGAGAUUUAUUUUUUGGCAGUGGUACAGGGGCAGUAUUUAAGAUCAAUGGCACAAUGAAUUAAACAUGGUACUAGGGAAUUUUGGAAGAAAAAUCUGGAUGCCUCUGGUAGAAAGCUGAGUCUUGGACGUAGGUAGAUUGUCCCACAGGUCAAUGACUCCAAGCAUACAUCAAAAUCUACAGAGAAAUGGUGAGGUAAAAACAACAACCAUUUUCUGCAGUGGCCAUCCCAUAGCAAAUCCCCUGACAUCUCAUCUGAACUGGAGAGGGCGUAUCCCAAGGAUAUCAAUAAUUCUGAAAAGAUCUGCAUGGAGGAAUGGUCAGAAAUCCCUCCAAAUGUGUUAUCUAACCUUAUCACAAAUUACAGGAAAAGACUCAUGCCUGUCAUCUUUGCCACAAAGUAUUAUACUAGGGGUGCCAAUAAUUGUGUAAUUGUGUUUUUUGGGGAAGUAAGACUUUGGUGGAUUCCAUUGAAUCAUUAAUGAAGUGCACUACUUUAUGCAUGUUGGAAAAUAAAGCUUAUGUCAAUAAAUGUAUUAUUUCUUGGUUUACAGCACUUUUUGUGCAUAUUUGUCAAGGGUGCCUCUAAUUCUGGAGCCCACUGUAUAUUUAUGGUGCCUUCGGAGAAUAUUCAUCUUUAAAACGUCACGCUUGUUUUAAAUUUGUCAUUCACAAAAGUUUUCAUCGUCCCCCCAUAAUCAGUACUGAAGAUAGGCAUUUGGCAGCUUUUACAGCAGAAGGUACAGCUCCAGAACAGAAUGCCAUACUGUAAAUCCAAAUAAAAUGUCCCAUUUCA